AUGAAAAGAUCCGUUCGAGAACCACACAUCAGCAUCUGUGUCUUGUGGACUCUGCUCCAUGUAUCAAGAUCCGAUUCGACACGAAUUGAGAGAAAAGAGCCCGCGGCAGUAAAGUGGAGGUUGCGAACACGCUUUAAUUUUUCUCUUUUGCCGCCUUCACAUGGAUUUCUUCUCGACGUGUUGUUCUUUCCAACAGAGAUACCAACGAUCUUCCGACAACAGAGGGAUGGCUUGAGGAUGGCUUACUCUCAGGCGCAUCGUCUGCCGCUUCCCGCCGAAGCCUCGACCUCUCAGCUCACCGGUCCGGAUAGCUUGUCGUUCAAGGUCGAUCAAGCGCUGCUAAACCCACGAUUCGAAGCAUAUAAACUGGUUCAGGAUGAUCCGACUUGCUCUUCCAUCCGUUCGCAUACUUUGCCUAGCCGACCACCGCGGCUGGUCGAUUUGUAUCAAUCUCGACAUGUCAGACAAGAUGGGAAUCUGACGUUCACCGGUUUGGGAUACAAGGAGACGAAGGAACGAGCUCUGCACCAGGUAUUGGUUCCUGCUGCGGGGACGAGGGAGGGAGACGAUCCGUUCGCUGCGUAUGUUGAUGCAAAUGGGUUCGUGGUGGCGUUGACGUUCGACACGGGCAGAGCUAGGGUGGUAGGACACCCGGUGUAUCGUCUGGAAGCAAGUGGGGAAGCUAUGCCGUCGCUGGCGUCGGUUUCGGCGACGGAAUGGCUGGUUUGCGGUGGAGGCGAUGUGGUGUUGAUAGAGCUGCAAAAGGUCAGUUCGGGGAACGACGCUGGAAGCGUGAGAUGGACCAGUGGUACAGAGACGCGCAGUACAGUCGGUGAGGGAUAUACGAUCAAGGGAUGCAAGCGCGUUGGGAGCAAGAUUCGGGUAUUGCUGCAGCGGUCGAGGAAGGCGGAAGGCAGUGUUGGGAGAGGGGACAUGCAAGGUCUUGGGUAUCAGAAGGGUGCACAGCCAGCAGAGAGAUCAAAUACAGGACGUAUCAGCGGCGGUGGAACCUCCUUUGAGGUGCAGCUGGUCGAGCUAAAUGGCGUCGAGAGUGCAACUGUGGAACUACAGAAUGGAGGGCAAGAGACACGAAGUGCCACGGUGCUGUGGAACGCUCAAGGCGAAGAGCCAUUGAUCAUGGCUAAGCUCGAUGAACAGCAAGUACUGCUGGGCGCAGAAGCAUCUUUCGGGACCAUUUCGGGCAAGUCUACAGCAGCAGCUGAGCUCGAAGAGUCAUCACGAUCGGGUACAUCCGAAGCAGCCACCGAGCCUCGUCCUGCUCUCUCGUCAAGACGACCAGCCCCACACUUCUCAUGGGCGCAAACGAGCGACACCAUCACGCUCGCCUUCGUCUUACCGAACUGGAUCACCACCUCGCACAUUCGUUCUCACUUCUCCCUCUCUGCGCUCAGCCUUUCCUUGACCCAGGAGGCGCUCACCCUUCUCGAUGCACCCACAUCAUCAUUGAGGCUAGUCGAGAUCGGCGCAGAAUUGGGCUCAACUGCUGUAGCUCAGGAUGACGAUCUGACCAGAGCAGCUAAGAUGAUCGCUUCGGGAAGGUACGUUUCGAGGUCUACGUGGGGCGAGAUCGAUCCCACGGGAAGCGUGUGGACAUUGGAGAAGGCGAAAGGGGUGAGCGUGUUGACGCUGCAUUUGGAGAAGAAGCACGAGGGGACGAGGUGGGUGCAGGUGUUUGCCGAUCGGACCGGAAGUCGGAAGAGGAGUCGGUCGCAGAUGCAGUCGAGCUUCCAGCAAGCGAAAAGCACUUUUCAGCACGCCAUCGCUGGUCACACGAUCGACGAGAACGAAGAGGCAGAAGGAAGCGAUGACGGGGAGGACAACGAAGACGAUGUUCCCGAGACGAUGGAUCCGUCCGAACUGCUCAGCAUGCUGGAAGGUAUGGAAAAGUACACGGCGGACGAAGACUCGGCCGCUGGAUUUGGAGUGGAUCGUACUGGCCUCACCAGUUCCUCGGGUGCGGGUUCGAAUGGUGAAACGAGUCUAUCCCUCGACCAACCCAGCCUGCUCAAAGACAAUUUGGAGGAAGAAGACGCCAACGUCGGACGACCCUUCGUGCUCACUAGCAUCUCAAAUCCCAAUGGCUACCAGACAUCUACCGCGAAAGAAAGCUCCACGCUAUUAGCCACACCUCUUCCCAGCUCGGACAACGACGGCUCAGCCUUGGUGAUGAAGCACGAUCUGGACGGAGCCAUCUUCACCUGCUUUUCCGCUGGAUCCUGGAACCACACAUCCAUCAUGCCAGCACUGGCCUUCGUCCUAGCAUCGAAACGUGACGCUCAACGGGUGCACAUCCACCAACGUCGCUCAGGAUACGUCGUGCUGGCAUUCGAAAGUGCACCUCAAGUGACGGGUGGAGAAGGCGGUGGUGGUGCGGGAAACUUGUUCCUGUACUACUCGGCGGAGGAAGGCGAUGCGAAGAAUGCCCCAUCGAGAGUGGUACGUCUUGCCGAUGGGAAGACAGGACAAGACGAGGCGGCAGGGUUGUGCGGAGCACUGUUGGGCGUGUGUGCGGUCAAGCUACCCUGCAGCGGAAAAGAGGGAUGGGAGGAUGUGCUGGUGUGUCUUUGCGAACAACAGGUGUUGUUGCUGCGAGGUGUGCUGUAA